UCCACAUGCACACCUAUGGACCACUGGGCAGCCGCCGCCUUGCCAGGCCACCUCUCCCCGCUCGGUGUGGCUUGGGACUGGGCACGUGCGAGCCCCGCACUCAGCGCCCCCACCCUCGAAGUUGUCGUGCUUGUCGUCGACGCAAUGGGUUCCACCAUUCAAGUUUACCGUACCUCUGCCCGGAGGCGGGAGGAUACUGCGGAGAAAGCCCAAGUCAGCGGUGGGCUCUGGUCUAGGCUUUGGUUUGUCGGACGGAGUCUGCCCAAGACAGUCACACCACCCAAGCCUCAUGUGGACAGUGACACCGCCGACUUGCUCCAACGGACGGCCCAGCUACUGUGUGAUGCCGGCGAAACCUACGCCCAGCUGCUGACAGAGCCCGACUUGGAUAAGUCGCGUGUGGACGACCUCUUGGACCGCAUCCGUACCUGGACCGCAACCAUGGUCGCGAAGUCAACACCUCUCCAUUCCCUCAUUCCAGACCAUGGCAUUUUCUGA